AUGAUUGAACCUACCCCAAGUGGAAGGGUGUUACAUGACAGUCGCAGACGGCGACGAGUAACUGCACUGGACUUACAAUCAAGAAAACUGCAAGGAAAGCUCUCUCCCUCCAAAACUCAUUUGGAAGGGAAAUUCCAGCCAGCCUCGGCAAUUGUUCAGAACUCAAGAGUCAUCCAUUUAAAUUUCAAUAAGCUCACAGGAAGAAUUCCAGAGGAGCUCAGCAAUUUGCCCAAGGUUAUUGCUUUGCAUAUUGCUGCUAAUAAUUUAACAGGAGGCAUAACACCAUUUCUAGGCAACCUUUCUACCCUCUUAAAUCUUUCUCUAGCUCGAAAUAAUCUUGGUGGAAGCAUUCCUGAUGACCUCGGACGGCUUGCAAGUUUGAACUUUCUUCAGGCUGGUUCGAACAAUCUCUCUGGUAUCAUCCCCGCCUCAAUUCUCAACCUCUCAGUGAUCAGUAUUUUUGCAGCAGCAGAUAACAAACUGACAGGGAGCUUUCCGCAAAGUUUGGGUACUAAUUUUCCAAAUCUUCAAAUAUUUGCAGUUGGAGUAAAUCGAUUUACAGGACCAAUUCCACCUACAUUAUCCAAUGCAACAGGUCUUCUACAGAUUGAUUUCCCAGAUAACUAUUUUGUUGGGAGAAUGCCUACUGAUCUAGGGAGCAUUAAGAACCUGCAAAGGCUAAAUGUUGGGCGCAACAGACUUGGAAGUAGAGAGGCUGAUGAUUUGAGUUUCCUGAAUUCAUUGAUCAACUGUAGCAAAUUACAGCUGUUGGGAAACAAUCAAAUAUAUGGAAGCAUUCAUUCAGGAAUUGAAAACCUUGUCAAAUUGCAUAGUUUGUACAUUGACCAUAACAUGAUUAGUGGUGGAAUCCCCAUUGAAAUAGGGAAACUUUCUAGUCUGAGACAACUGUACAUGAAUGGAAAUAGACUAUCUAGGAAUAUCCCACACUCCAUUGGCAACAUGACUGAACUGUUUGAACUUCGAUUGGAUGGAAACAACCUGGAAGGAACAAUUCCUUCGACUCUUUGGAACUGUGUGCAUUUGCAAGUGCUAAACCUUUCUCAGAAUAACCUGAAGGGCACCAUUCCAAAAGAAGUUAUAGGUCUUUCCUCUCUAUCCAAAUCUCACACUUGGCAAUUGCCUAAGCUUGGAGCAUCUUUUUACGAGGGCAACUUGUUUGAAGGAACAAUUCCUGGAAGUUUGAGUUCUUUGAAAGGUCUUCAAGACCUUGAUCUUUCAAGAAAUAACUUGUCUGGACAGAUUCUAGAGUUCCUACAAGGAUUUAUCUUUCUGCAAUACCUGAAUCUGUCUUUCAACAAUUUUGAAGGUGAAGUACCAAGACAAGGAGUCUUUACAAAUAUUAGUUCUAGUUCUCUUUUGGGAAAUAGUAAGCCCUGUGGGGGAAUCUUUUCUCUGCAACUACCUCCUUGCCCAAAGCAGAAAAAGAAACCUUCUCCUACGUCUCACUCGGAUGAUUGGCAUUCAGACAUUACCUACAAGGACCUGCACAAAGCGACUGAUGGGUUUUCCCCAGCAAAUUUGAUAGGUGUUGGUAGCUUUGGCUCUGUGUUCAAAGGGAUGCUCAAUGAUGGUAGAACUAUUGCAGUCAAGGUGCCCAACCUUCAGCAGAAGGGAGCAAUCAAGGUCUACAUUGCUGAAUGUUCUUGCUCGAGUGUGGAUUUUAGAGGCAACAAUCUCCAGUUCAUCCCAAAUGGGAGUCUAGGGAACUGGCUGCACUUGAAAACAAAUGAGCAUCAUCGACAACUGAAGCUGAAUAUUUUCCAGAGAUUAAAUAUUGCCAUAGAUGUGGCCUCUGCACCGGAAUAUCUACAUCACCACUGCCACACUCCAAUCAUCCACUGUGACUUAAAACCAAGUAAUGUUCUUCUUGAUGCUGAUUUUUGUGCACAUGUAAGUGAUUCUGGUCUAGCAAAGUUCCUUACACAAUGCACAGAUACGUACUCUCAAAACCAAACCAGUUCAAUCGGUGAACGAGGAUCCAUUGGUUAUAUUGCUCCAGAAUAUGCCGUGGGUGGAGCAGUGUCUACUUAUGGUGAUGUUUAUAGUUAUGGGAUCCUGUUGUUGGAGAUGUUUACUGGAAGAAGACCAACAGAUGACAUAUUCAAAGAUGGAUCAAACCUCCACAACUUUGCAAAGAAAGCUAUACCAGAACAAGUGAUGGAAAUCCUGGAUCCCACAAUGCUUCUCUGCCUCUUCUCUUAA